UCGCUGUUAAUCCAUCAGCCGAAGCAAUCCAAAUCUUCUUCAGUUUCUUCGUUUCGUUUCCCAAUCGCAUUUUCACAAUCUCUUCUGUUCUGUCUCUCGGAUAUGGCAAGAACCAAGCAGACCGCUAGAAAGUCGACCGGAGGCAAGGCCCCAAGGAAGCAGCUCGCCACGAAGGCUGCCAGGAAAUCGGCUCCGGCCACCGGAGGAGUGAAGAAGCCCCACAGGUUCAGGCCUGGAACCGUGGCUCUCAGGGAAAUCAGAAAGUACCAGAAGAGUACCGAGCUCUUGAUCCGAAAGCUUCCUUUCCAGAGGCUUGUUCGUGAGAUUGCUCAGGACUUCAAGACAGAUCUGAGGUUUCAGAGUAGUGCAGUUGCAGCGUUGCAGGAGGCCGCCGAGGCAUACUUGGUCGGAUUGUUUGAAGAUACUAACCUGUGCGCCAUUCACGCUAAGAGAGUUACAAUCAUGCCCAAGGAUAUUCAGCUUGCGAGGAGAAUCAGAGGAGAGAGGGCUUGAAUUUUAUCGAUUUCUCGCUCUUCGAUUCUGUUCAGUAUCUGUCGCUAUACUUUCUGUCCUGUUCAGAAAGUUGUACUAAUAUCUUUUUCAACGAUGAUCUGAAAUGAAGUAAUCAAUAGGUUUAUUCAUUUUACCAUGACAUCUUUCCUACAUGUGUCAUAACAGAGUAGGACUCUAUCUAGCUUCACAUCCAUGAAUUAAUGAAUUCCAAACCAAUCAGUUUAGUUUAUCAUA